AUGGCGAUGUGGACCGACAUCACGGACCCUCAAAGGCAUUUUGAGAUGGUGGCCCCGGCCCGGGCUCUCCGCGAGCCAGUAUUACGCGCGGCAAUCCUUGCCUUUUCGUCCCGGCAUAUCAACAGGCAAAGGCCGGAGGGCGACACAGAGUCAUUGAAGUAUCACAACCAAUGUCUUGAGCUUCUGAUUCCAACACUGUCGUGCGAUGAUAAUGAGAUUACCGAGGAAUUACUAGCAGCCAUUGCAAUUCUCCGUCAGAAUGAAGAAAUGGAUCGUAAGUACUAUCCACGUAAUAAGCUACUUCACAUGCUUAUAGCACUAGCUCAGGACAACCAGUUCCAUUUAACGGGAACGACACGUAUUUUAAAUACAAUGUCCUCCUUCGGAUCCUCGGGAGGAUUAGGUGAAGCAGCCGCCUGGUUGUGCCUUCGCGAGGACAUGUACAUAUCACUCACGUCACAGUCGCCAUUGCGGACAAAUCUACAGAGCUUCGAGCGCUCGGAUGUCUUCACUAGGACCGACGACUUUGCUUGGUCCAACCGGAUGGUCUUUUUGUUGGCCAGGAUUUUGAGCUGCGCUUUCAACGAGGACAGCCGUACCGGCCGUUUUUAUGCUACACUUAAGGGUUUAGAGAAAGAAGUCGACGAUUGGAAUGAGUCAAAACCUCAGACAUUCCAACCUGUUCAUUUCAUUCCUCGAGGAAAAGAUUAUGGUCAACAAUUCCCAAGUAUUUGGACGCUAUUGCCAGUCCACGUCGUCGGUUUACAAUACUACCACAUCGCAAAGAUUAUACUUGCUUUGUCUGGUUGUCCAAGUCCGUUUCUCCCAUACCAAAGCCUGCAGCGCUCACGGGACGUUGAAAAACUUGUCCGAGGCCAUCUUCUCAAUGUACUAGGCCUAGCUGCGUCGAACCCUAGAGCUGAGAACACCCUUUUCACUGCACGGCAUAGUUUAGUAGCGUGGGGGUGGAUACUACGGCAUAAACUAGACCAAGAAGCUGCUGAAGAGCUACUGCGUUACAUGGAGUCGAAGACUGGCUGGAAUACGUCCCACUUGAUAGACUCACUGAGAGAGCAAUGGAAAAGUGAACUUGUCGAUGACUAA